GGUUGCGUCACUGGCAGCGCGAGCCCAACGGUCAGCGAGUCUCAGACGCUUGUCACGCGCGCACACGCAUCCGCGCAGAGAGACGAGGCACCAUUACCCCCUUCCCCGUUCACCCGCCGGCAACCGACCAGGUGAGGCGUUCGCGGCUUCUUGUUCUACCAUUGUCCCAUCUACACCCGGUUUUACAUUCGAGCAAAGAUGUCUUUGUACCCAUCCUUAGAAGACCUCAAGGUAGACAAGGUGAUGCAGGCUCAAUCAGAAUUUGCUUCAAAUUCUGCAGCUCUUGCUGCUUUACCUGAAUCUACAGCUGCUGAGUCUUCAGACCUUUAUCCUCGCCUUUACCCCGAAUUGUCUGAGUAUAUGGGGCUGAAUCUGCACUCUACAGAGGUACAAAGGAACUUGGCUGUGGUUGGAACAUCAGGACAAACUGGUGGUAAAUCAUCUUCGAGUUUGAUGAUUGCACCGGUAACCGGAAAUGAUGUGGGACUCCGAAGAGCUGAAAUCAAACAUGGUAUCCGGGAAGUCAUUCUCUGCAAGGACCAGGAUAGAAGAAUUGGCAUUCGCGUGAAAUCUAUUGAUAAUGGUAUCUUUCUUCAGCUAGUUCAAGCGAACUCUCCAGCCUCUAUGGCUGGUAUGAGGUUUGGUGACCAGAUUCUACAAAUAAAUGGUGAGAAUUGUGCAGGCUGGAGCACUGACAAAACUCACCAGGUACUGAAAGAUGCAAAUGAUGAAAAGAUCACAAUUAUUCUGCGCGACCGGCCUUUUCAACGUACAAUCACUAUGCAUAAAGACAGCACAGGACACGUUGGCUUCAUUUUCAAGAAUGGAAAAAUUAUCUCAAUCGUGAAAGACAGCUCAGCAGCCAGGAAUGGGCUCCUGACCGACCACAGCAUCUGUGAGAUUAAUGGUCAAAAUGUCAUUGGACUAAAGGACACCCAAAUUGCAGACAUUCUGGGGUCAGCAUCAAAUGCAAUAACCAUUACCCUAAUGCCUUCGUACAUACAGGAACAUAUGUUGAAAAGGAUGGCCUCAAGCAUUGUUAAGCAGCUUAUGGAUCGCUCUCUUCCUGAGGUGUAAGGUCUCAUGAUUUGUGAGCUUCAGUGAUAUAUGGUUGUUCAUCCUUAGUCUAGUUAAAGCAGCAGUUUAGAGAAUACCUGGCUUCCACAUCAAGACAGUUUUUUAAAUAAGUGUAAAAAAGGCAGUUAAUCUUUGCUGCAUAGGAGUAUAAUUGCUGUUCUGUAUUACACUUAAAGCAAUGUACAAAAUAUUAGUUCUUAUCUACUCAAUACUAUUUGUUUACAAUACAUGGUAAAAUGGCACAUUAACUUUUUCCAUUCCUAAUCAUUUAUGUAUUUCAUCGUUCCGUAUACUUUCAAUUGGAUUAUGUGCAGAAUUUGAGUUGAGAUUUAGCAGUGUUGAAGGAUACUAAAUCUAGCAAAAUUGUGAAUAGUUCUGGUUUCAACUCUUAUCUAUGUCUUUGACUACCUGUUAUGCUUUUUUACAAUUCACUUUUGAACACAAUGCAUGUUUUUGACCUGAUCAUAAUUAUUUUAAUACAAUAUAACUUUAUGUAUCCUAAUUUACUAGUUUUCAGUGUACUCACUUCUCUCAUUACCUAUAAUUAAUGACCUCUAGGAAGCCUUAUGAAUGCAAAGCUAAUUUUUGACUAUUUGCAAAUAAAGCAUCUUGAAAAGGA